AUGGACGGACAGCGGCGGAGAGCAAUGGCGGCCCGGUGGCUGUGGCCGCUUCUUCUCGGCAUCGCCGGCCUCGGCGGCGUUCUUCAAGUCCAUGGGCAGGUCGAUAACUUAGGUUUCAUAAACUUAGACUGUGGUCUGCCAGAGAGCGCCGCGGGCUACGUGGACGGCGUCACCAAGCUGCGCUUCACCUCGGACGCAGGCUUCAUCGACGCCGGCACCAACUACAACAUGUCAUCCGAGUACAUCACGCCGACGAUGGGCCGGAGCUGGCACAACGUGCGCAGCUUCGGCGGUGGCGCAGGCACGCGCAGCUGCUACACGCUCCAGUCCCUCGUGGCCGGGCUCAAGUACCUCAUCCGGGCCAAGUUCUGGUACGGCAACUACGACGGCCUCGACAGGGCGCCUGUCUUCGACCUGCACGUUGGCGUCAACUACUGGACGACCGUGAACAUCUCGAACGCCAACACGCCGGUGAUCUAUGAGAUCAUCGCCGUCGUCCCUGGUGAGUCCGUGCAGGUUUGCCUCGUGAACACCGGCUCCGGGACGCCGUUCAUCUCGGCCCUCGACCUGAGGCCCCUCAAGAACGGGCUCUACCCGAUGGCCAACGCGACGCAGGGGCUGGUUCUUCACACCAGAGCCAACUUUGGCCGGGACGACGGCGUGAUCCUCAGGUACCCCAAUGACCCGCACGACCGCUUUUGGAUCCCGAUGAGCAAGCGGGCGGAGUGGACGGAGGUCUCGACGGCCAAGAAGGUGCAGAACAUCGACGACGACAGCUUCGACGCGCCGUCCGCCGUGAUGCAGACGGCCAUCACGCCCGUCAACUCCUCCAGCCCCGUCGUGUUCAGCUGGGACGCCGAGCCCAGCGCCAACAACCCAGAUCCCGGCUACAUCUGCAUCCUGCACUUCUCGGAGCUGCAGCCUCUCCCCGUCAACGCGGUGCGGCAGUUCUACGUCACCCUCAACGGCCAGCUCUGGCUCGGCAAGGGCUUCACGCCGCAGUACCUCUACACCAACGCCGUCUUCAGCAGCUUCCCCAACAACGGGCACCACCAGUACAACGUCUCGCUCAACGCCACCGCCAAUUCCACGCUCCCGCCCAUCCUCAACGCGCUCGAGAUCUUCUCCGUCCUGCCCACCACCGGCAUAACCACGGCCACUCAGGAUGUGUCUGCCAUCGCGGCGAUCAGAGGCAAGUACCAGGUGAAGAAGAACUGGAUGGGCGAUCCCUGCGUGCCCAAGAAUUUCGCGUGGAAAGGAUUGGGUUGCAGCUAUGCUGUUUCCAGCCCACCAAGUGUCACAGGCUUGAAUCUAUCUUCCAGUGGCCUCAGCGGCAACUUGUCAUCUUCGUUUGCCGGCCUCAAAGGUCUACAGUACUUGGAUUUGUCACGCAAUAAUCUUACGGGCUCAAUUCCUGACACCUUCUUGCAGUUGUCGUCGCUCACACUUCUAGAUCUGACAGACAAUCUACUCAGUGGAUCAAUACCUCCUGGGCUUGUGAAAAGAACUCAAGAUGGUUCCCUAACACUUAGAUAUGGUAACAAUCCAAACCUCUGCAGCAGCGGCAACUAUUGUCAGCCUCCACAAAAGAAGAGAGGCUCUAUGGUUGCCGUCUAUGUUGUUGUUCCCAUAGUUGCAGUACUAGUGAUUCUGCUACUGUCAGUUCUUCUCUUUUGCAUGAGAAGGAGAAGGCAAGGAAGGACAAGCGGCAAUAUCAAGCAACUAGAUGAGGUGAGUAUCAUGGGGCACAACUCGUUGCGACUCGAUAACCGCCGGUUCACAUAUAGUGAAUUAGAGGCCAUCACAAAUGGCUUCGAGCGAGUAAUUGGUAAAGGGGGGUUUGGGAAAGUUUAUCAUGGUUCGUUGGAGGAUGGCACACAAGUGGCUGUCAAACUGCGGUCUGAAUCUUCAGAUCAAGGUGAACAAGAAUUCUUGGCAGAGGCUCAGACCUUGGCAAAAAUUCACCACAAGAAUCUUGUUUCCUUGAUUGGCUACUGCAAAGACAUGAAAUACAUGGCUCUUGUCUACGAGUACAUGUCUGAAGGAGCCCUAGACGAACAUCUUAGAGGGAAAGAUAACACCAUGAGAACUUUAACCUGGAGACAAAGACUUCGUAUAUCCUUGGAAUCCGCACAAGGGCUUGAGUAUCUGCACAAGGGGUGUAACCCGCCCCUCGUUCACAGGGACGUGAAGACGUCAAACAUCUUGUUGAAUGCAAACCUGGAGGCUAAGAUUGCUGAUUUUGGCCUACUGAAGGCUUUCAAAAGCAAGAGCGAUACACAUGUUUCCACGGCAAGGGUGGUUGGCACACUCGGUUACCUUGACCCUGAGUACCAUGGUACAUUUCAGCUGACCAACAAGAGUGACGUCUUUAGCUUUGGGGUAGUGCUACUAGAGCUGGUCACAGGGCAACGACACAUCCUGAGUGACCCUGAGCCGACGAGCAUUGUUCAGUGGGUGCGGCAACGCCUUGCCCGUGGUAACAUCGAGGAUGUGGUGGAUGCGCGCAUGCGUGGAGAUCACGAUGUCAAUAGCGUGUGGAAAAUUGCAGACACCGCGUUGAAGUGCACCGCCCAGAGGCCCGGAGAGCGGCCCACGAUGACCGAUGUCGUAGCGGUGCUACAUGAGUGCCUUGAGCUCGAGGCUGCACACGACAAUGUGAAUGCAGGGUUUUACACGCCUGGCAGCGGUGGCAGCCUGAACGACUAUGGUCAGUACAACAGUGGCAUGUCUACUGAUCUGAGCCACAGGAGCACUGCAUAUGAGCAAGGGCAUUUGGGCAGUGUGUCUAUACUGUCUACUGGUCCAGCUGUUAGGUGA